GAAGGCAGCGCUGGAGAAGAUCCCUUGGAGGCAAUUCCGAUUAUUAACGAUCUUGCUAGUGAGGAAAAUCUUGAGAUGGUUGUAUACACGCAGGACUGGCAUCCAGAAAAUCACAUAUCGUUUGUCGAAAGGGCCAAGGACGAGGAUAGAAUACUAAAGAAUCACCCUGAUAAAGAAGUUAGAGCAUUUGAUGCUGUACAAUUCGAGACGCCGUCGCUGAAUCAGGCAAGCUUUUUUGAUUCGUUCAGUUAUUCAGUUCUCUAUCCUUCUCACUGUGUGGAGAAUUCUUGGGGCGCACAGCUGCACAGUGAUCUCGUCCUUCCUGGAAGCAAUGUUUUUCUGAUAAGAAAAGGAGAAGAAAUUCACGUUGACUCAUAUUCUGCGUUUGCCGACAACGAUGGAAAACAACUGUGA